AUGGAUGAAGAUUAUAAUCAAGCCAAUCUCCUCUUUACUAAUGGACAACGCCAAGCAGCCCUCGAUAGUUACACCGCUUUCCUUGAUAAAUGGGAACCACAACGUGACGCUUUCGGUGAUACCGUCAAUAGUUAUAAUAAAAAAUUGGCAAUAGCUUACAACAAUCGCGGGCAGUUGCAUUACCUCAACGUUGACUUUUAUUUAGCAAUGGAAGACUACAGCCAAGCACUUAAAUAUAAUCAACAUUUUGCUGUAGCAUACUAUAAUCGUGGUCAAAUUCAUUACAGAUUAGGCUCGUAUCAGCUAGCAAUUCAAGAUUUACAACGUGCAUUAGCUAUAGAGCCAAACUUUGAAGAUGCUAGAUCAAAUUUGAUGCAAGCUCGUCAAGACCUAGAGUUGCAGCUACAGGGUAAAUCAUCGUCCGAUACGAUUAACGCUCUAAGUUAA